CAUGCAACAGAUUAUUACGAAGCUGAUCGCGCCAUUGCGCCCGCAGCUGCGUCGGUAGGCGUCGCCUCCGCGGCAGGCGGUGCGGCGGGCGCGGCUGCGGGCGCGGGCGGCGGCGAAGACGGCAACACAGCGGCGGGAUCGUCGAGCGUCCGCGCAUUCAAUUCCGGCGUCGGGGUCUCCGACGACGCGUCCGGGGCCUCGGGGGCCUCGGAGGCCUCGGGCGGCGGCGACGCGGCGCGCGGCUGCCUCCGCGGCCGCCGCGGCGCAAUCGGCGGCGCGUCGGUCUCCUCGGCGGUGUCGCGCCAGACCAGCGGCCUCGGCUCGCGCGCGCGCGUCUGGAUCGGCUUCCGCGCGUCCGAGGCGAGUCGCGGCCGCUUGAACGCCUCGGACGGCUCCAACGGCGACGAGGGCUCCCCGUCGCCCGACGAGCCCUCGUCGUCGUCGCUUUUGCCUGACGGUGAUGCGUCGUCGUCGUCACGGGCUGCCGCCGCGCCGUCGGCGCGCUUCGACAUGAUGAUGGAAUGGGGCAGCUGCUGCGCUGCCCUCGCGGCAGCCUUCCAGCCUUCGCGGAGCCGGGUUUGCAAGUCGCCGUCUGCCGUCACAGGCGCAUCAGCGCGGCUGCUUGGGGCAGCAUGUAACGCGGAAGAGAGAUGCAGAGAGAGGCCUGGG